AUGAUGGCCGUCCUCGUCCCCGCCUUUCGCAACUCCCUCUUGAGAAGUCUCCUUCCUCAACCCUUCCUGUUUGUCCCUCCAGCUCUAACAUGGUCGUUGCCGUCAUUGCAGUCGCUGCUUGAGCUCUUUCCUCCCUUUGUUUUGGCCGUGCCGAAAUCGAAAACAUCCCACUCCCGCAAAGCUAUGCGAAGCGCCAACAAGGGAUUGAAGGAUAAGCAUAACAUUACCAGUUGUCCAGGGUGCGGCUCACCGAAACUCGCUCACCACUUGUGCUCGAAUUGUUACGGCUCAAUAACCAAAAAAUGGAAGGCGGAGAAGAGGGGUGAGGCCAAUGGAAGCAUACACGAGAUGAUAUAACCGUCCAUCUGACGCCUUUGGGAAAAGCACGUAGUUGGACAACGGAUCUUAACCAUUAGUGAUGUAAAUAUCCUCAGUGCAUUCUACUCUUCCUUCCGU